GGGUGGCCACAAGGGUUGUUUACGUUUUCACUUUUGAAAGUAGAUUUUCAAUAGAAAGAAUUCAAUGAAAAACUUUGCUUUCAAAUCAUGAUCUGAUAUUCAUAUCUUUUAACGAAAGGUGCGUGAACAUGGCCGGAGCCGCUCUCAAACGCCUAAUGGCAGAGUAUAAACAAUUGACUUUAAAUCCACCGGAAGGCAUAAUUGCAGGACCGGUUAGCGAAGAGAAUUUCUUCGAAUGGGAAGCCUUGAUUAUGGGACCUGUAGGAACACCCUUUGAAGAUGGAGUAUUUACAGCAAAAAUGACCUUUCCAACCGACUAUCCACUUAGUCCACCUAAAAUGAAGUUUACAUCAGACAUGUUUCAUCCAAAUGUUUACCCUGAUGGCAGAGUCUGCAUCUCCAUACUUCAUGCACCUGGUGAUGAUCCUAUGGGUUACGAAACAAGUGCAGAAAGAUGGAGUCCUGUACAAUCCGUGGAGAAGAUUCUAUUAUCUGUUGUGAGCAUGUUAGCAGAGCCAAAUGAUGAAAGUGGGGCAAACGUUGAUGCUUCGAAAGUAUGGCGUGAAAACCGUGAAGAAUUUAAUAAUAUUGCAAGAAAUCUUGUGAAGAAAAGUCUGAACUUGUAGAAAAGAGCAUUUUGUAAAUGAUAUUGUGAAUAUAUAUAGUUGUGACUUACAAAAAUAUAGAAUAUAUUUUUGUUGAAAUAAGCAAAGUAAUGCCAUUGCUAUAUUGUAUCACUCCCAUUUGCUUAUUUGUAAUGCCACACCUGAACAAACUACAUAAUUCAAGAAUUAAAUUAUUUCCACAACAUA